UUGUUCGGUACGAAUCCGGGGAGUUUCUUCAUUCAAAUCGGCUGCGAAAAUUUUUUUCUUCUAGUCCAUGAGGUGGUUGAAUGGUGUAAUAAAGGUCGUUUUGCUGGUGCAAGUGUACGUUUAGCCAAUGGAAAACGAAUUGGUUACCUGUGAAUAGUGGGUGUUCAGUGGCGAUCUCGUAAACAUAGUGUCCUACGGGCAAGGUGCAUGUACAUUGAAGACCUACCCGACCGGUAGCUUUAGGGUAAAAUUCCAGAGCACGGUGUGGGGUGCAAGCAUAUGUAGUUCAUGCCAACACUGUAUAUACAGAGAAACAGUCAAAGUUGCGGGAUAAAUCAGCUUCAGGUCGACAUCAUUGUAGCAUCUCAACAUCGCCACUUCUGCAUGGUGCAUUCUUGAAUGCAAUCACAAUGAAGACCACUAUCAAAAACUACUUCCUUUAAUCAAAAUCAGAAUGUCAACACGAGGAAUGUUUACCACAAAGCCAAUGUUAAUUCACAGGAAGCUGGCAGUCUACAGAAAAUUAUUUCAUCACAAUAUGGAUCAAACCAAUGCAAACAAUAAUCAAAACGUCAUUCAGAAAGGAAGAAGACGAUAGAGGUCCUCGAAACUACAUAGAAUACGUACCAACAUUGAUUGCAAGCCAAACCGCAAAUUCGUCAGAGAGCACAUCAACAGUCGGCAUCCGGCGUCUCCUAAAUGAAGCUUCUAUUGAAUUCCUGUUCGAAACAAGUUCUUCUGCUCCUUGCAGCUUUCCUUCUGUUGAAUAAUUUUCAUUUCGUUUCAAUGGCUAAUAAGUCACUACCUAUUUCGUCGACUACCACUGUUCUGCCAUUAUUGGAAAAGUUUGGUCGAUUCCGAAGCCUGGAGGUCAUGAUGUCGAAUAGGAUGCAAGAUAUUUCCACGAUACAAAGGGAGUUUGAGCAGUUUCUGAAAUUGUUCAAUGUGAACAUAAGGAACACGAGGGUGAACUUUUUUCAUCGACAUGGAUUGAGGGAUUUUCUAAAGCAACUCGAGAACGUGAACAAUUCCAUUGUAGUGAGUACUUUCGACCCGGCAUCAUCUUAUGAUGAAACAAUAGACGAGAUUUAUACGAAUCAGUGUGCACUAUCUAAAAGACUUUCCAAGGAGUUCAACAAAACCGUCCUUUUCUGGCCAUGCCAGGGCAUGAGGAUAUCACAUAAUUUGCAGCCCUCGUUUGAAUCCAUAUCAUUUGCUAUUAAGAGUAUAUCAAAGAAGUUAAAUUGGUCGGAAAUAUGUAUAUUAGUUACAGAUAAAAAUUGGGGAUUACCUCUGGCGAUAGCAGCGAAUAUCCACAUUCCCUUCCGACUGAAUAUUGACAUUGUACCCAUAGAUGCGUUGGCGACAGACGACAAAACUGGAAGAGCAAUAAUAGUGACGUCUCCCCUUGACCAUCCUUCGACUUUGGCUACAAUACACAAACUUCACAUGUUAAACAAUACCAAAGUUUUACUCAUCGAUACUGUGGCCACGUCCUUCAACACCGCGCACAGUUUCUACAGGGGCUUAAGCGACAUCCCCAAAACUUCACGAUUAACUUCCAAUAUCCUAGUGCUGACAAUAUUGAGUGACCGAUAUAGGCGUUUCCUGCAAAUUGCUUUCAAGGACAGAGGUAUCGAGUUGGUCCGGAAUUUCCGCCGUGUGAAACGACAGCCUACGAGGGAGGGAAACCCUUCGAUCCGGGCUCAUUCAAUUAGUGAUAAUGGAAAUCAAAACAGAGUACAAAAUAGCAGUGAUGAGAUUCAUCAAAAAUGCCCUAUAUUCGAUUAUAGUACAAUUUCCAAAGAGAAUGCAUCGGUCUGGUGCGGGGACAUAAUUGAAACGCUGAACAAAGGAUGUCAAUUACACCCCCGGGUCGUGGCCGAAGUGGAGAGCAUUUGCAAUACAACAUUCUACCUUACCAAACGAAACAAUGCCAUUAACGACAAUGGUAUUAGCGACAGUCACAUUCGCAGUUCGCGAAAUUCUGCAAAUGGCAGCGAGCCUGAUAGCAAAUUAACACGCCUCAUGGAAAAUUUCUAUCUCUUCGACUUUCUCCUGUCCAGCAUGCAAGGCGUCGAGGAGGCCCGAGCCCCCAACUACGAUUUCGUGGUGGUGGAUUUUCAGCGGAAUUUUUCGUACAAUAACUUCACAUGGCGACCGUUUCUAAUCCUGGAGCGCAAUGAUAUUGACCUGAUGAGCUACACAUCACAUCCUAUCCUGCCAGGGUACAAUGAUUGGCUGCUGGACGGCCGAGUUAAUUUGUGGAAAUGUGAGGCUGUCUGCUGGCUGGUCAUAUCGAUUUGUGCUAUUUGUUUGAUUUGCAUCAUAAUUGGGAGCGUUGCGUUGGGAAUUGGAGUUCGAAAAAAUCCAGUAUUAAUAUUAGAAGAGUGCACAGUAACCUUCAGAAACUACUUACUAAGGAAGCGCCUAUCUAAAGGACCAAAUAAAAUAGUUUUAUCAGCAAAUGACUUCGUCUUCCCCGUAGAUUCCAGAAGAGUGGACGAAGGUAUAGAAGCUAUGCUUUGUUGUUGGUUACAACAACUCCAAGAAUUCGGUGGUCCUGAAGUUGAUAAGCCGGAUUUGCUGAAAGGAUCUAUCGGAUCUUUGAAAAAUCUUGGAUUGGCUGCUGUCGGUAAAAAUAACUCAGGUUCUGGAAGCUUAGCAAGACAUAAUAACCAAUUUCUGGAUAUGCGAGCACGAUAUAAUGGAGAUUUAGUUCAACUGAAGGAAGUACCUAUGAAUGGAUCGCUGGAAUUAAAGUCUAAAGCAAUGGAUUUGUUAGUCUUAGCGCAUGGCUUACGACAUGAAAAUAUAAAUCCUCUAAUAGGUUGGCUUAGUGACACCUCAAGAUCAGCACUAGUUUUCGAUUACUGCUCAAGAGGCUCCCUCCAGGAUGUUUUAAUAAUGGACGAAAUAAAACUGGACUGGUCAUUCCGACUAAGUCUUUUAACGGACUUAGUACGAGGAAUGCGUUACCUUCAUUCCACACCCCUACGUGUUCAUGGUGCUCUAACAUCAAGAAAUUGCGUAGUCGAUGCUCGGUGGGUCCUAAAAGUUACUGAUUAUGGUUUGCCAGCAUUUUAUGAAGCUCAAGGACUGAAUAGGCCGCAUAAGUGUGCCAAAGAGCUUCUAUGGACCGCUCCAGAAAUUUUACGUAAUCAUAAAGGGCAUAAUCGGUGUGGAACUCAAUUUGCAGAUGUAUAUUCAUUUGGAAUAGUUAUGCAAGAAGUUGUAGUGCGAGGUGAACCGUAUUGUAUGCUUUCUUUGACUCCUGAAGAAAUAAUAACGAAAUUGAAAAAGCCACCACCACUGAUUCGGCCAUCAGUUUCAAAAGGUGCUGCACCUCCCGAAGCUAUUAAUAUAAUGCGACAAUGUUGGGCGGAAACACCAGAUAUGCGACCGGAUUUCAACUCAAUAUAUGAACGCUUCAAACUUCUCAAUCACGGACGAAAGGUCAACUUUGUGGAUACGAUGUUUCAAAUGUUGGAGAAGUAUUCAAAUAACUUAGAGGAAUUGAUACGAGAGAGAACCGAACAGUUAGAUAUUGAGCGUAAGAAAACGGAGCAACUUUUGAAUCGCAUGCUUCCAAGUUCCGUUGCGGAAAAGUUGAAGAUGGGCUUAGCAGUCGAACCUGAGGAGUUUUCGGACGUAACGAUUUAUUUUAGUGAUAUUGUUGGUUUUACAACAAUAGCGGCACAUUGCAGUCCAGUGCAAGUAGUGGAUCUUUUAAAUGAUUUGUAUACAAUAUUUGAUGCUACAAUUAAUGCGUAUAAUGUUUAUAAGGUAGAAACAAUUGGUGAUGCAUAUAUGGUUGUAAGUGGACUCCCCGUCCGAAUACCGAAUCACGCUGAGGAAAUAGCUACAAUGGCGUUAGACUUACUGCAUCAAAGUGGACAGUUCAAGGUAAAACAUUUGCCUGGAGUGCCAAUCCAGCUGAGAAUAGGACUUCAUACUGGUCCCUGUUGUGCAGGAGUGGUUGGGUUGACAAUGCCACGGUAUUGUUUAUUUGGUGACACGGUUAAUACAGCAUCAAGAAUGGAAUCGACAGGAUCUCCAUGGCGGAUUCAUAUGUCCGAAGUAACGCGUGAUCAACUCGAAACGGCUGGAGGGUAUAGUAUUGAGACGCGUGGUCCGAUUGAGAUCAAAGGUAAAGGGAUGAUGAAUACGUACUGGUUGCUCGGGAAAAAGGGUUUCGAUAAAGUUUUACCGACUCCACCUCCUAUUGGAGAAUCCCACGGGUUGGAUGAAACACUUAUACGGAAUUCAAUCAUCCUGAAAGCAGGGACGAAUAGAAUCGCUCGGAAUUGCACUACAACUCUAUCAUCAAGCCAAUCAUCAUCUUUAGCUGGAGAUACGGUGGAAGUAAAAGUGGAAAUUACUCCUCCACCAAACACAGAAACGUCCUCCCUGUUGCCAAAUUCCUACUCUUUGGACUCGAACAACACCACCCUCUCUGCAAACAUACCAAGCUUAGGAGAACUUACUAGUAAAACACCGGGUCCAAGCCCGCAGCAACGAAAGCUAUCUGAAUUCUCACAGGAUGGACUACUCAAUCCAGCCAAUUUCAAUCGACUUAAUCCUACAGGAGGAUCGUCUUCGCGUUUAUAUAAGAAAAUUGAAGAAAUGAUGGACUUAAGCUCGCCGUAUAACCAAUACAAAUGCUUAAGUCCUAGCGAAAGCAACCUGACUCAAUUUAAUGACGGAAAGUAUCUUUACGCAUUGAAUAAAAUCGAUAGCAAACCAGGAUCGAGCCGUCUGCUGAGACGACAGUUCAGUUUGGACAAAGAUGAUUUGCCGCCAACUUCUCAGAAUUCCUUACAACCAAAAGGACAAACCCUAGAUAUUCCUUUAAUACAAGAAAAUCGAAGUAGUCCAACAAAUAUAUCCAAGACUCAAAUGCCAAGGUUGCAUAAGCAAACAUCAACGUCAAUCGCGCAAGAUCUUGAGAAAAUUGAGGAGAUCCCUCUUUCGCCAGUUUCAUCUCAACAUCAUAGCAGUUUGGAUAGCAGCUUAAAUAGGAGCCCGCCAACUCCUAGCUCUUCGGGGCUGCCUACAAAGAAAAAUCACCAACAACAGCAGGAAAUCCAACUGAAUGUUGAAGCAUUAAUGUCCAGAUAGAUGAACCAUUUAAUACGACACUGAGCAGGGUACUUUAGAAAUGUAUGUGUUCGUAAUCUUUGUGGUAGAAUUAUGUUAAAGGACUGUUCUUUUGUAUUAUAUUAGCACUUUGAGGUUUAUUCAAUUGGUAAUAAGAUCCAUCGCUCCCACGCUUUUACUUUGCAUUUCAACUUCAAGAAAUUGUGCAGCAAACUAAA